CAAUUUGUGUGAAGCUUUUGUUGACUGUCAAGUGAGUCUUAAAUGUAUCUUUAAUGAUUGGAUCUAAUUAAAGUAAUUCGUUGUCAAGCCAUUAAUGUUGAAUAUUUAAGAAAAUAAUUCACCUUCAGUCCAUGCCAAUUAAUGGUUUAUGAGAAUUUGAUAUUUAAAUUCUUGAUUUGGUUUUGAAAGCUACACUGGAGUACAUUUGUCAUUCAGAUCCAAGUUGAAUCUGUUUUCUCCAGCCAAUCCUAUCUUGAUAGUGGGGAAUCUUAUCUCCUCUUUUAAGUUAUAAUUUGCUGAUUAAACUUUUCAUCUAAUAUCUGGUUCUUAUGUUUAUUGCUACAUCUUUAUCUGCCCUUCAUUAGGGUUUUAGUGAAAAUUGUUUAAAGUGAUACUCUCUGCAAAUAUCAUGUUUGGAAAGCCAGUGACGGAUGAACUCUUCAGUAUUUGCAGUUUUAAAUUCAUUUGAGAUCAUUCACCAUUACUGGAAUAUCAGCAAUCUUUUGACUGAAAAUUCUUUUAAACUUCGUUCAUCUAUCUUUCCUUCUUAGUCUAGUCACCUUAUUCCUUUCAAAAAUUAAGGGUCCAAAGAACAAACUGAUCAUGUUGACAACAACAUUCUUCUUCAUUGCUGUUGUCAUUAUUGGCACUAUGAUUUCUUUCAUACUCCAAUGUAGUCUUAUCGACGAAAAAAAUUUCUAUGGUGAAGUUUACCAUCCACCUGAAACUAUUGACCCUAGUCUGGACACUGUGAUAAUUGGAGAUAAACCAGAUCAUCUUAUGUGGUUUAUGCAGAUAAGUGAUAUUCAUCUCAGUGUUGUUUUUGACCAGAAGCGAAUUCCUGAUUUCCGUAGAUUUUGCAACAUUGUAGUUGAUUCUGUUCGUCCCUCUGUUGUUCUUGCCACUGGUGAUUUAACCGAUUCACGAUCUUUAGCUCCAUUCGGCUCUGAUCAAUUUGAACAAGAAUGGAAAUGGUAUGCUGAUGCCCUAAACACAAGUCGAGUCACUGAAAAAACUGUAUGGCUCGAUAUGAGAGGAAAUCAUGAUACUUUUAACGUUCUUUCCUGGAAUUCUUCAAACAAUUUCUAUCGAAAAUAUACUCACAGAGGUAAUCAAAGUGCUGGACAUUAUGUAUACACUGUUACCCAGGGCUCAGAUAAAUACAAUUUUCUUGGUAUUGAUGCUUGCCCUCAACCUGCACCGAAAAGACCAUUCAAUUUCGUUGGUUACUUGCGGAGCAGUGAUAUUAACUCAAUCGAAGAGCUUAUUAGCAAGGCUCCUAAAUCUAAUAUGACAAUCUUCUUUGGUCAUUAUCCUACAUCUUCCAUCAUUGAAGAUAUUCCUCAGUUGAGAAACAUUAUAACUGGUCCAUAUUUGUGUGGCCAUUUCCAUACCUUAGUUGGGUUAAUUCCAAAAAUGUAUGCAACACAAGCAAGUGGUUAUCUUGAAAUUGAAGUUGCUGAUUGGAAAGAUGAAAGAAUGUUUCGUGUUGCUUCCGUUGAUCACGGUAUAUUCAACUUUGUCGAUGUCAAGUUAGAACAAUGGCCCAUCAUUUUGGUAACAAACCCAAAAGCAGCUUUAGCUCAAAUGCCACGCUAUGAACCACUCCAUCGCAUAGCAAACUCUACACAUAUCAGAGUUCUCGCUUUUUCGCCUAGUCCAAUUGACUCAGUGUCAGUAAGAGUCGAUAAUGAACCAUGGAAUAUUAUGAAUAGGGCUUCAAAAACUCACCCUCUCUUCACAUAUCCUUGGCAUCCCAAAAAAUAUUCAGCUGGACUACACAAAAUUGAAGUUCUAGCUUCUGAUGAAAAUGGUAAUGAAAACACGGAAACUGUUGAAUUCUCAAUUGAUGGAACUAAACCAGAGUAUCCUUUUGGUGCGCGGUUUCUUCUCCGCGUCUCUACUCGUACAUUCCUUCAAUCCGUAAACUUAUUUUUGAUAUUAAUGUCGCUAUUCCCAAUCUUUGCAAUGAGAAUCGUAUUUCUGAUGCAAAAAGGACCACUCGUCCAAUCAAAAGCAAGAUCAAACUUGAUUUACAGAAUUUACUUCAAAUUCAUGCUAAUCGGGGCAAAUGACAAUUUUUUUGUUGUGAUGACGUUCCUACCUUUGUAUUCCAUGGUGGGUCCUUGGUUUAUUGGCGAUUUACUUGACGGUCAUUGGGGUAUUUGCUUUGCAUGGGCAAUGUACAUCGAUGGUCAUUGGGUUCCUUUAGCUUUACCAUACCUUUUUGCAAGUAUCAAUAUGAUACUCUUCCAUAUACCUUUACUUUCAUGUUUAGCUCACAUUCUUCACAAAAGAUUUCUCGAGGUUACAUCUACAAGUAAAUCAAUUGAUUCAUCUUGGCCUUACUUGAAACCAAGACAUAUCAUCCUCUUCCUUUUGCUGGUUUGUAAUGUACUUUUCAACUUCUCAAUUUGUUGGGCUUAUGGUUUCAAGUCAUUGCUGUUCGGAUUUGAACGAUUUUGGUCGAUAUUUGUCUAUCUCUAUAUUUGGUGGACUACACUUUCCUUCACCAUAGAAGACUUUAGAAAACCGGAAGAGGAUAGAGGUUUCACUAAAUCUGUCUAAACUUAUCUUAUCUAAUUUAUUUUGUCAUUUUAGGAAUUAAUUUUGUGUUCUCAUAUUUAACCAUUAUCUUGACGAUUAUUUACUCAUCACUUUCAUUUUCAAUUAUCAAGAUCUUUCAUCAUAAAUAUAAUUUGAACGUCAUUUUAAACGAA